AUGCUGCAGUUUAUUUUCGAGGGAAAGGAGCUGUGCAGGAGCAUUAACCCGGAUGAGGCUAUUGCGUACGGUACCGCCGUGCAUACAGCCGUCCUACGUGGCAUAGGGGACGACAAGGUGCGGGACCUCGUACUCCUCGAUGUGACCCCUCUCUCACUAGGAGUGCACACUGUCGGGGAGGCCAUGUAUGUCGUGGUCCCGCGGAACACGACUGUCCCCACCCAGAAAGAGCGAACAUUGUACACAAAUGUAGAUAACCAGUCAUCUAUGAGACUCUCGGUCAACGAGGGCGAACGGGCAAGGUCAACAGACAACAACCUACUCGCGCACAACUCUAAAAGACAGGCCACCAAGGAUGCCGGUGCCAUUGCCGGCCUCAAUGUCAUCCGCAUCAUCAAUGAGCCCACUGCUGCCGCCAUUGCCUAUGGCCUCAACUACAAAGGAGAGAAGAAGAAUGUGUUGGUCUUCGACUUAGGCGGUGGCACCUGUGACGUCUCCAUCCUGACAAUAUCAAAGGGUACCUUCGAGGUGAGGGCCACCGCUGGCGACACCCACCUUGGCAGGGAGGAUUUCGACAACCGCAUUAACAAGAACCUUUCCGAAAACCCGCGGGCCCUACGGAGUCUGAGGACAACUUGCGAGAGGGCGAAGAGGGUUCUCUCAACCAAUACUAAGACCAAUGUGGACGUUGAGUGUCUGCACGAGGGAAUUGACUUUUACUCUAGCAUUACAUGCGCUAAAUUCGAGGAUCUCAACAUGAACCUGUUCGAAAAAUGCGUCGAGCCUGUAGAGAGCUUCCUGAGAGAUGUUGGGGUGGAGAAGGCUGCCAUCCAUGAUGUCGUUCUGGUUGGAGGCUCGAGCAUGAUUCCCAUGGUUCAGAAGAUGCUGCAGUUUAUUUUCGAGGGAAAGGAGCUGUGCAGGAGCAUUAACCCGGAUGAGGCUGUUGCGUACGGUGCCGCCGUGCAUGCAGCCGUUCUACGUGGCAUAGGGGACGACAAGGGGAGGGACCUCGUACUCCUCGAUGUGAACCCUCUCUCACUAGGAGUGCACACUGUCGGGGAGGCCAUUCGUGGUCCCGCGGAACACGACUGUCCCCACCCAGAAAGAGCGAACAUUGUACACAAAUAUGGCCGUCAUUGCCGACUCCUAUCUGGCCCCACCCUUGUCCGGGAUGCCGUCAUCACCGUCUCGGCCUACUUUAGCAACUCUCAAAGACAGGCCACCAAGGAUGCCGGUGCCAUUGCCGGCCUCAAUGUCAUCCGCAUCAUCAAUGAGCCCACUGCUGCCGCCAUUGCCUAUGGCCUCAACUACAAAGGAGAGAAGAAGAAUGUGGUGGUCUUCGACAUAGGCGGUGGCACCUGUGACGUCUCCAUCCUGACAAUAUCAAAGGGUACCGUCGAGAUGAGGGCCACCGCUGGCGACACCCACCUUGGCGGGGAGGAUUUCGACAACCGCAUUAACAAGGACCUUUCCGAAAACCCGCGGGCCCUACGGAGUCUGAGGACAACUUGCGAGAGGGCGAAGAGGGUUCUCUCGACCAAUACUAAGACCAAUGUGGACGUUGAGUGUCUGCACGAGGGAAUUGACUUUUACUCUAGCAUUACAUGCGCUAAAUUCAAGGAUCUCAACAUGAACCUGUUCGAAAAAUGCGUCGAGCCUGUAGAGAGCUUCCUUAGAGAUGUUGGGGUGGAGAAGGCUGCCAUCCAUGAUGUCGUUCUGGUUGGAGGCUCGAGCAGGAUUCCCAUGGUUCAGAAGAUGCUGCAGUUUAUUUUCGAGGGAAAGGAGCUGUGCAGGAGCAUUAACCCGGAUGAGGCUGUUGCGUACGGUGCCGCCGUGCAUGCAGCCGUUCUACGUGGCAUAGGGGACGACAAGGUGCGGGACCUUGUACUCCUCGAUGUGAACCCUCUCUCACUAGGAGUGCACACUGUCGUGGAGGCCAUGUAUGUCGUGGUCCCGCGGAACACGACUGUCCCCACCCAGAAAGAGCGAACAUUGUACACAAAUGUAGAUAACCAGACAUCUAUGAGACUCCCGGUCUACGAGGGCGAGCGGGCGAGGUCAACAGACAACAACCUGCUCGCGCUACAGACCACCAAGGAUGUCGGUGCCAUUGACGGCCUCAAUGUCAUCCGCAUCAUCAAUGACCCACUGCUGCCGCCAUUGCCUAUGGCCUCAACUAUAAAGGAGAGAAGAAGAAUGUGUGGUGGCACCUGUGACGUCUCCAUCCUGACAAUAUCAAAGGGUACCUUCGAGGUGAGGGCCACCGCUGGCGACACCCACCUUGGCGGGGAGGAUUUCGACAACCGCAUUGUUGCUCACUUUGCCAAAGAGUUUAAGCGCAAGAACAACAAGGACCUUUCUGAAAACCUGCGGGCCCUACGGAGGCUGAGGACAGCUUGCGAGAGGGCGAAGAGGGUUCUCUCGACCAAUACUAAGACCAAUGUGGACGUUGAGUGUCUGCACGAGGGAAUUGACUUUCACUCUAGCAUUACCCGCGCUAAAUUCGAGGAUCUCAACAUGGACCUGUUCGAAAAAUGCGCCGAGCCUGUAGAGAGCUGCCUGAGAGAUGCUGGGGUGGAGAAGGCUGCCAUCCAUGAUGUCGUUCUGGUUGGAGGCUCGAGCAGGAUUCCAAAGGUUCAGAAGAUGCUGCAGUUUAUUUUCGAGGGAAAGGAGCUGAGCAUUAACCCGGAUGAGGCUAUUGCGUACGGUACCGCCGUGCAUACAGCCGUCCUACGUGGCAUAGGGGACGACAAGGUGCGAGACCUCGUACUCCUCGAUGUGACCCCUCUCUCACUAGGAGUACACACUGUCGGGGAGGCCAUGUAUGUCGUGGUCCCGCGGAACACGACUGUCCCCACCCAGAAAGAGCGAACAUUGUACACAAAUGUAGAUAACCAGUCAUCUAUGAGACUCCCGGUCAACGAGGGCGAGCGAGCAAGGUCAACAGACAACAACCUGCUCGCGCAGUUCAUACUGAAUCCGAGCGAGAGCUGA